CCAUGAAUGAGUGGAAACCAUGUGCCCACUUAUUUUGUAUUCUCUAGCGUAGCAUGAAAUCAGAGAAGCACAAUGCGCCUCACGCCGAGAAGGUUUGUUAUAUUCAUCUUCGCCGUCAUCAGUUUAUUCUUUUUGAUCAGUUAUCUUGCGCCUGACGAUGAAUCACAUCGACCGAGGCCGAACAUCAAAGCACGACGUCUGGACAAUAUUUACAACAAUGAGAAUCAAAUUAUUCAAGAAGAUAAACGGUCAAAUGAAAGUCAAGAUGAGAAAAAAGUCCAGAGUAAAAAAGACAGUGAAAAGGAAAUUGAUUUGAGUAAAACUAGAGGCAAAGAUUUGGGCAAGUUGAUUGAUUGGCAUAAUUAUACUUUGAUGAAGUUGGAAGCUAAACGUGAAGGCAGAGGUGAACGAGAAAAGGUCAAAUUAACGGAGGAGGAGCAGAAGUCGGUAUCUAUGGGUAAAUAUGGGUACUCGAAGUUUGUGAGUGACCUGGUCUCUUUGGAUCGGGCAAUCAGAGAUAUCAGACACCCGCUUUGUGCCUCUAAAUUGUAUCACGAGAACUUGCCAGACACCAGUAUUAUCAUGCCUUUUCACAAUGAGGCGCCAUCGGUGCUUCUCAGGUCAAUCCACAGUAUCUUGAACAAGUCGCCUUCUCAUCUCAUCAGGGAAAUCAUCCUGGUCAACGAUGCCAGCACGCAUGAAGAACUAAACAGGGUCUCGGAGUUCCAUGUUGAAGUGCACAAGUUGCCCAAGACCCGAGUGAUAUAUUCGGAUAACAGACUGGGCCUCAUUGAGGCGAGGUCUCUCGGUGCUAGAAAUGCGGAAGGAGAGGUUUUGACUUUCUUAGAUAGUCAUAUAGAGUGCAGUUAUAACUGGUUACCGCCUCUACUAGAUAGGAUAGCCAUGAAUUGGAAGUCGGUUCCGCAGCCGAUGAUAGACGUAGUAGAUGGAAAGAACUUCAACUACGAGGAGCAGCCGGGAGGUAUCUUGAGGGGCUCCUUCAGCUGGGAAUUACUCUACAAGAGACUCCCAAUCACUGCCAGAGAGCGCGCAUCGAUGGAAGACGCAGCCUCCCCUAUAAAAACUCCAGUUCAAGCAGGAGGUCUGUUUUCAAUCCACAGAGACUGGUUCUGGCUGCUGGGUGGAUAUGACCCGUUUCUCAAGAUAUGGGGAGCAGAGCAGUAUGAGAUCAGCUUCAAAGUGUGGAUGUGUGGGGGAGAGAUGGAAGAGGUGCCCUGUUCCAGGGUCGGACAUAUCUACCGCAGUCACAUGUCAUUCUCAGUGCCUGGAGGCCACGACGUCAUCGGCAUGAACCACUAUCGCAUAGCAGAACUAUGGAUGGACGAAUACAAAGAGUACUACUUAAAACACAAACCAGGUCUCAAAGGAAGAUCCCUUGGAGACGACUUAGAAGAGAGACGUCAGAUAAGGACGAAGCUGAAGUGCAAAUCGUUCAAGUGGUAUAUGGAGAAUGUGGCGUACGAUCAGGGAUGGUACUAUCCAGCUGUCGAACCCAAACCAUACGCAACUGGCAGGUGCAGGUCAAAACAAAAAGAAACGAUGUGCCUCCACAUCAAUGGAGGCGAUAACGGUGGAACUGUUUUGAAGAACUGUGCCAGUAAAGAUGUUAAGGUUCCUCAUUUCAAGUUAACGUGGCGUCGAGAAAUGAGAAAGCAGAAUGGCCGAGAUUGUCUGGACUUAGCGAGACACGUGAAAGGAGCGCAGCCGGAGUGGUUCCAGUGUCACGAGCAGGGUGGAAACCAGAAAUGGCUCUAUAUGAAGGAUACCUUACAAAUCAAACACGACCUGGACACAAGAACGAAGCUCUGUUUAUCAACUGACGGAUCCAAAGUGUUUAUGGAUAUAUGUGAUGGAGAAAAUGAAGAUCAAAAAUGGACAUUCGAUGCUGUUGACUUCUCCGAGUUUCGGGAAGAUUUGGGGCCUCCUUACGAUCGAAGCCUGGACAGAUAAUGCAAAAAAUAGUUCAGCGCGGCAAGGAAUUUUGCGGGAAAAUGGGAGGUCUACAUGCUUUAUCUGUAUUGAAACGAGCAUGUUCCGCGACAACUGCGAUGCAAUUGGAUCGAGCCGAUUAUUGUUAGGUAGUCGAAAGGCAGUUAUCGUUGCAGGGAUUUGGAUUUCUAAUCGUUAUUACUGGGAUACAGGGUAUAUUUGGGAUUGAUAUAUCCUUUUUGCCGUUUGAUUGGUUUCUGAUUCAUGACCAAAAAUAAUCUUCUGAAAAUUAACGCGAUGAUAUAAAAUGCUAGAAAGGGACUGUUUACUGGUAAUUUACAAUGAUUCAAAUUCACAAUGAAUUGCGAUUUAACGGAAAUUAGAAUUUUCUAGAUUUU